AUGAACUCCUACUAUGAAGUGUCAGAUAUUGGUUCGGACUUGAGUUCCGCACCAUCUUCGACGCGUUCUUCACCAGAGCCAGUACCUGCAUCCGAGCGGUAUCCCACACCGUCAUCCCAGAUAUCCCACGAAGCCGAAGCCGGCGAGGACUCUACGCGCCAAGACUGCCCACCCGCAAAGAAAAGGCGACGAAACCCUUUGCCAAAAGAACGCAUCACACAAUACCUCGAUUUUUCUAAGUCGUCUUAUCUUCAAUCGGACCAAACCCAAUUGCUUGUAGAUACUCUUCGUUACCAAAAGGAUAUCGUCGUCAUUGCUGGUGCCGGCAUUUCCACCUCCGCUGGCAUUCCUGACUUCCGUUCUGCUGAUGGUUUGUUCAAAACUCUUCAGAAAAAACACAACCUGAAAGCAUCUGGUAAACUCCUCUUUGAUGUUGCCGUCUACCAAGAUGAGAAAUUGACCGCCCCAUUUCAUGAGCUGGUCCGGUCGCUGUCUCUAGAAACUGCCAAGACCAAGCCUUCUCCAUUCCACCACAUGUUGGCCCGCCUGGGCAAGGAGAAGCGAUUAAAACGCCUUUAUACCCAAAACAUAGACGGCAUAGAGACUUCGAUGAAGCCGCUGGAGACCGAGAUCCCCCUUCACAAUUCCAAUGGUUGGCCAACAACCAUUCAACUCCAUGGCAGCAUUCAGAAGAUGGUCUGUCAGAAAUGUCGAUACCUCUGCGAUCUCAAGCCCGAAAGGUUUGAUCAAGCUGAUCCUCCUGAUUGUGAUGAGUGCUCCCAGGUCGAUGACUGUCGCACAACGUUGGGUCAACGCAGCCAUGGUGUGGGUCGCAUGCGCCCCCGUAUCGUUCUCUAUAACGAGCACAACCCGGAUGAGGAAGCCAUUACCGCUGUCAUGAAUUCCGAUGUUAAAUCUCGUCCUCGUGUCCUCGUCGUUGCCGGAACGAGCUUGAAGAUCCCUGGUGUUCGCCGCCUUGUGAAGAGCAUGUGCAGUACUAUCCGCAGCCGUAAGGACGGAGUCACAAUAUUCAUCAAUAACGAGCCGCCGGUCGGCAAAGAAUUUGAGAACUGCUUCGAUCUUAUUGUCCAAGGAUCUACAGAUGAUGUCGCGAACCUAGUUCAAUUGAAAAAUUGGGAGGACAACACACCUUACAGCAUGUUGCCAGACCCUGUAUUUGGACCAAUGCGCGAUUCUUCAGAGCAAUCAGAGACCCAGAUCGACACGAAAUCUGGCAUUGCCGUGAUCAUCAGUACCCCUCGCAAACGUCCUUGCUCAGACACAGGCCUCAUUACACCUACAUCCAGUGACGAGAUAGGGCCGCCGAAAAAGAUGGCUGCGACCGGCAAACUGUCAAAUCCUGCCAGUCGCGGGCGCAAUCUCAAUGAUGUGCUCAAGGGAGUCAAAUCCAAGACCGCUCCAAAGCCUCGCAAGAAGCUUGCUGCUGCUGAUGCUGCUCCCAAGAAGCGCGCUACCAAGACCGCCCCUAAACCUGCGACCGCAAAGAUCACCACCUUCAGUAAGGUCACCAAGUCCACAAAGGCUGCUGCAACUACAGACAAGAAGACUGCUGUUGAAGUUAAGCUACCCGCUGUACUGUCCAGAAAUGUUGUUGGACUUUAA